CAACUCCUAGGCGGUUUGAGUCAGUGGGUGAGCGGCCGGGGCUGUGCGGCUCCCGACUCCCGAGUGGCCAAAUCCCGCUCAGUGUGCCGGGUGACGCCGUGGUGUAGAGGUGGUGCUAGUUGCGCGAGCUCUCAGUGACAGUGUUUAUGACUUAACAAAGCAUACCAAAUGAAAAUAAAACAUUGUGAAAGAACUUGAAUGAGUCACAAGUGAAAGAUGACUUCCACCCUCAUCAUGAGAAGAGAAGACUUGGGGAUAUCCUGGGCCCAGCUCGACCAUCCCCCCAAGGCCCACACUGCCCACACCACUGCACCAGCCAUGGGUCCCCUCACUUCGCAGUGGCCCAUGGAUGGCAAGAACUUGGUGGCCCAGAUCGCCUCCACCAUGCCCACACCCCCAGAGUCCCCUCCACCGAGUCACCAGGCUGGCCCGGCCCUCACCGACACCAUCACGAGCAACGAUCUCACUAGCAAGACCACGACCAGCCUAGGAUUGCGGAAUCUACUGCGGGUAUCCACCAAUAAUUCAGACAGAUACUUCCUCACCAGAAAGUGCUGUUAUGUCUUCCACUGCUUAAACCUGCGCACCAAAUUUCAUUAUCCAGACAUACCAAAUAAGCUCAUCAUCAAGGAUGAGUGUGUGGCAGCAGCGCUGGAGCAAGUGGUGGCAGACGAGAUGGAGCAGAAGGGAUUGGAGGCAAGUGACAAGAAGGCCUAUGUCACCCUGCUGGCCAAGUACACCGCAAGGGCUAACAAGCUGCUGCAUGAGAUGAAGGCAGCACUCUCCAGCACCCUCAUCAGAUUAACUGGCUACGUAUUGUUCAAGGUGUUCAGCAACCUGUUCUCCUCCGUGACGGUGCAUGGCGGCCAGAAGGAGGUGAUAGAAAGAGCAGCACAGAAGGACAUGCCUAUCAUAUACUUACCUCUCCAUCGCUCCCACGUGGACUAUUUGUUUGUCACCUGGAUCCUCUUCAACCAGCAGAUACCGGCCCCCAUCGUGGCCGCUGGGGACAACCUGCGCAUGCCUGUCUUUGGGUGGCUCCUGAGAGGCCUUGGAGGCUUCUUCAUCAAAAGACGGCUGGACGCUGCAAAGUCUCGCAAGGACAUCCUGUACCGCUCAGUGCUGCAGACCUACAUGACUCACUCUCUGCAGGCUGGAUACAACCUGGAGUUCUUCAUUGAAGGAGGACGAACUCGCACUGGCAAACCUUGCAUGCCUAAAGGCGGACUUCUCAGUGUGAUUGUUGAUGCAUACAGCAACGGCACUCUUGAGGAUGCUCUCAUCAUUCCUAUAGCAAUCAACUAUGACAGGCUUCUUGAUGGCAAUUUUAUCAGGGAACAAAUGGGACAAAGCAAGGUACCAGAAUCAUUUUGGGGAGCCGUGCGAGCAAUAAUCAAGGUGCUGUCUACCAAUUAUGGUCAUGCCAGAAUUGACUUUGGGCAUCCCUUCAGUCUCAGAGAAUUUAUCCAGACCAGCAAGAGAAGAGAUGUCUCUCAUCUUGCCAUCAGCCAACCACAGACUGAACCUCUGCCUGGGUGCACACCUCCCCUCUCUCCUUCACCUCCUGAUGAAAGCCCAAGACUGUCUAUCAGUGGUUCAAGUCCACCACUUUCCCUCCCGCUAGUCAAUGAUAAGGGUCACCAGCGCUCCUUGUCGUCUCCUGCAAACAGUAAUCAUCUGGUACUAAAAAAAACCUCCUCUAAUCCAUCCAGUGCCAUGAGCAUGGCAAACAAAGCCACCACACCUCACCUCACGGGAGCUCGCAGCAGCUCCUCCCUCUUUGGCACAGAAGUGACAGAGGAAUACAGAUUACUAGUCAAGUCUUUGGCUGUUCACAUUGUGUUUGAUGCUGAGCGAUGCCAAGCCAUCAUGUCCACCAAUGCUGUGGCCUGGCUGCUGUCCUUUGUGUACCGCAGUGGGACAAGACUGUCCACACUCACCACAGCGCUGGACGCCCUCCGGGACUCCCUCAAAGCUCGAAAGAGGGACACAGGGUUUUCUGGCGAUUCCAGAGAAGUUGCUAGACAUGCGGUACAACUACUUGGACCUGGAUUAGUGAGGACAGAAGACUUCUCAGGAAGCAAUAGUUCAGCCUGUGAUAAACCAGACUACUUCAUAGAACCCGUCACACUCCUGCCAAACAUCAUUGAGUUCAACUACUACGCCAGUGCCCUUGGACCGCUCUUUGCUGCUGAUGCUAUAGUGGUUACAACCUUACUUUCAAUGACUGACUGUGAUCUGUGGACCUACAAAGACUGCUCUCCUGAUUGUUUAGUUGACAAGAAAAAGCUGCUGCAGCGUGCAGGUCGUCUGGCCUCAGUACUUCAGCACGAGUACCUGCUGGCUCCUCCCUGUGCCAAGCAAGAGGACAGACUCUCACAGGCACUGGACAACCUAGUGGACAUGGGACUGCUGCAAGCUGCCGUCUUCCCCCAGAAAGGGGUGAGGAGAUGGUCAGACGACUCUGAUGAGGAUGAUAUAAGUUACUGCCACCACUUCAAGGUGACCCCAACCUCCUCCUCUCUGGAAGUCAUUGGUGCUUGGAGGAACAUGUUGGUUCCCAUGCUGGACGCUUACUAUUACACAGCUCACUGUCUCCAGAAGCUGAUCGCCACUCAGAUGCCAGACAAGGAAUUCAUCCAGAGUUCCCAGAGCUACAUUGGAUCCCUGUUAGAAAAGGGUAUUCUGAAAUAUGGUGAAAGCAUUUGUAUAGACCCCAUUCGGAAUGCUGUCAAAUUCUUUGAAUCAGAGGGAGUUGUGGAAAGCUACACACAUGACAGCAUUCGCCUGUUGUAUCUUUCCAAAGAGUUUGAGUCAGAAGAUAAGCUCUUGCCCUUCAUCAAUGAAAUUGACAGCUUCAGGUCAUGAAUUUUGAUUGACCUUGCUCAGAAUGACUUCAUGGGCAACAACUCAAGUUACCUUGGCAGCGAAUGUCGCACAGUAAAGGACUAGUGAAGUAACUCGUGGGUCAUAAGGGAACGCAAGGAAGGAGCAAUGUGAACACCUGAAUGCCACUUCACUCUCUUGUUUACCUGCUUUGCCCCAGUGAGCGCUUCCACCUGGACUUAUGAGUGCUACAGCCUGGUGUCAGUGGUACAGUAACGCUAUAGGGGCAGUGUGGCGCUGUGUAUGAGAUUCUGUAUGCACUGUGAACUUAAGAUUUUUCUAUAGCUAGUAGUGUAGUUGUGCAGCAAGCAUAAUGGUGUGCUGCUAGCUAUGAGACUAUUCAACCUGUACAUACACACAGGGGGACGUCAGUAGAGUGAUUCAUCUUCAGGUGUUUUGUUUGUCUGGUGGGGUAAUCAUUAUAACAUUGCUCAAAAUUUUCCUUGUAUGUAAACUGAAAUCACUUGAGAAUUCCCUUCACCACCUGCCUGCUGUUUACAUCAAGUCUCUGAGAGGUCUAGCAGUGAAUAUCUUUGAAGUACACAGUAGAUGUUGAAAAUUCCUUUGUAUACUGAGGAAAUAAUUAAGUUUGCAUUUUAUUGUUUUCAUUUUUUUUUUUUUUUUUUUUUUUUUUUUUUUCUCUCUUUAAAGUGUUGUUUUAUUCAGAUUUUAUUAUUAUUGUUAUUAUUAUUAUUAUUAUUAUUAUUAUUAUUAUUAUUAUUAUUAUUAUUAUUAUUAUUAUUAUUAUUAUUAUUAUUAUUGUUUUUAUUAUGUUUUGAAUGCAUAUUUUCUAAAGCAGAACAAUAAUCUAGUCAGUUAUUGUUUCCUGUCAAUGAAUACAGCUUGUUUUGUAUUGUGUUGUGCAAUGGGUAUUGGUCCAACAGUGGUGUUGAUGUCAGCUGUCACAUCCUGGUUGGGAGCCCCAGCCCAGCACUAAGCACUCAGGUGGUUGCUGUCCAUAUCACUUACUGUACUGUGUAUGUAUAUUAGUUUGUCUUUUGAUAAUCAAUGUACAAAUAUUCAGUAAAACAGCCUUUCAUUAUUAUUAUCAUUAUUAUUAUUAUUAUUAUUAUUAUAUUAUUAUUAUUAUUAUUAUUAUUAUUAUUAUUAUUAUUAUUAUUAUUAUUAUUAUAUUAUUAUUAUUGUCAUUAUUAUUAGGUUAUUUAUUGAACUGUAAAAAAGAAAGUUUAUGUAUAUUUGAGUUCAUCUAAUAUGUAUAGGUGAGAGUUACAGUGCAAUCAUGUUGAAAGAGACAUGUCUGUACAUAGUGUUUGAUAUGUAUUUGUUCACUUAAUACUACCUAAAUAAUAGGAAAAAUUUCAUUGCAUUGCAGUAUAGAAUUAAUAUUUUUAGUUACCACCAAUUAUUACCGAAAAUGUAAUAUUUAUGUAGUUAGCAUUUAUAAUAAAUUAGAACUAAAGAUGGUA